AUGGCCAACGCCGAUUGCUUACCAUCAGGUGCGACUCUGCGUGCGGCUGGCAAGUCGUGGCGAGCGGAGCAUAAAGCUGCGCGCACACUUGGUAUCAUUGUCGGCGCAUUUUUGUUGUGUUGGCUUCCUUUUUUUCUAUGGUACGUCACAACAAACGUGUGCGGCGAGCCGUGCGAAACACCAUCUGUCGUUGUCGGCGUACUAUUCUGGAUUGGCUACUUCAAUUCAGCACUCAAUCCGCUCAUUUACGCCUACUUCAAUCGCGAUUUUCGAGACGCGUUCAAAAACACGCUCAUGUGCGCCCUACCUUGCUGCUUCAGUUGCUGGAAAGACACGGGAACCGCGCAGUUUGUGUAG